AUGAAUGAUACAGAUAGAUACAAUAAUUUUAUUAAUUUAUACCCUAGUGAUGAACCAAGUAAUGGUAAAAGCAACAAGAAUGGUGCUGCCAAUCUCACUGAGGGAGUCAGUCAAGAAGAUUCAAUGUUGCUUGAUAGAUUCAUGACAAUAUAUCGACUAAUUAUUAAAGAUCAUCAAACUUUUACACCUGAGUUACAGCUACAAUGGUGUGAGAUAUUGAUUGAGGUAGCCAUGAAUGAAGCCUUUAUAUCUCAAUACACAAUAAAUGGAGAAAAAUUACCACACAAAUUAAGUCAGCCGAAGAUGCUACAAAACCAAAAUAUCAUAAUUGAGCAUUCGAUGAAAGUGAUAAGUAAAUUGAUGAGGUUGAAAUAUGGACCAUCAUUUUAUUUGAUGGGCUGUCUAUUUUCAAACAAAUAUAAGUUUCCAAUAACAUUUUUGGAUCACGAUGAUUCUAAGGCAUUAAAAUACUAUAAGAUGGGAGCCAAGUUGAGACAUGACGAAUGCUGUUAUAGAUGUGGGAUAUGUUAUGAAUACGGGAAAGGUAUAGAUAAAGAUAUUGACCAAGCCAUUGAAUGGUAUAAAAGAGGCAGUGAAUAUUGUGAGAACCAUAAUUGCAUGUUUCGGUUAGGAUACAUAUAUCUAUAUGACUUAUGUGAUAUUAUACAAUGUAUGGAGUGGUUUGAGAUGGCCGAUUCAUAUGGAUCAUUCCAUGCAUGCUUUGAGAUGGCUAAAAUAUAUGAAUUUAAUGACUUACCUGAAUGGUUACAAAUACAAUUGAAUAAGAAUAUCAAGAAUAACAAAUUAGCAUUAAAAUAUUAUUAUAAAUGCGCUAACAAAUACAAUUAUUCUUUAGCACAAUGGAAACUUGGAUAUUGUUAUGAACGUGGAUUACUGGGAUUACCGGUAACAGGAGUAAAAUCUCUUGCAUGGUAUUAUAAAUCGGUGGAAUCAGUAAAGAAAACCAAUACUAACGAUAAUAACAGUAACCAGAAGUUGAAUAUAAUGAGCAUGUUAGGUAUAAUAGGAUGGUAUAUUACAGGUAUUCCGGGUGUAUUAAAACCUAAUUUCAAUCAAGCAUUAACAUGGUCUGAGAAGGCAUAUGCAUGUUUACAAAAUAAUACGCCACCAGCAGUACGAUUGAAAGUGGAACGUGCACACAACGUACUAUCAUCGUUGCAACAAUCCACAUCCUAG